UAACGAUCAAAAGAUUAAAUCGAAAAAAUUUGGAACUAAAAGUUCAACAUAAUUUUGUGACCCAGCUGUAAUAAGAAAUGUGAUUGUUUUCGUUAAAAUGUAGACCAUCAUAGUCUGAAUGCUGCUGCAGAAUAGUAUGUGAUUAAAUUUGAACUUUAUUAAAACAAGAUGAAAAUUGUAGAAGUGUUUGUGUACUUAUGGACAACGUACAUCGGAUAUGUGUAUAGUGCACAGCCUACCGGAUGUACAUACGACAGUACAGAUUCAUCAACAGGUAUCUAUACGUGUACAUUCGGCAGUUACACAGCACCACUUACCUUUACUGCGUUCACUGAUCCGUAUCCACAGCGUAUAAUUAUCAAUGCUGUAAGCGGCACUUUACCAACAAAUACUUUCUCAGGCUUUUCAUCGUUUGCUGCUAAUUUGAUAGAUCUUGAUUAUGCUGCAAGCUUACAGGUUAUUUGUAGUUCUGGAGGAACACUGACAAUUUCGCAAGCUUUAUUUUCGAGCAUGAGCUAUCUACAGGAACUGAAAAUAAGUAACUGUGAUAUUCAGUCGCUUCCUUCGAGUGUUUUCUCAAACUUAGUCACACUCGAUUCUCUGUGGAUUGAAGGAGGUUCAGUCAACACACUAGCAACUAAUAUUCUUACGGGUUUAUCUAUAGAAAAAUUGGACGUUCCAGUCCCGACCGGCGAAUUUGUCAUAAAGAACACUGUGGUUUCCGGUAAUCAAAUUCCGGUCGGUAUGCUUGAUGGACUGACUGCUGUUAAAUCAAUUAGAUUCGACAACAUCGGACUGACUUCGGUUGAUGAUGCGCUGUUCGGUCUGAAUACAGCUUUGACGUCUUUGUCACUUGCUAACAAUGUUGGGAUAAUAAAGAUAGAAACUGCUUUGAUUAGCGCACUAGAGGGGUUAUCUUCCCUUGAUCUAGAUGGUAUCCCGUUUGAAUGCACGUGCGAAAACUUAUGGAUCCUCACUCAUGCCACAAUGAAUGGUAUAGCCUUACCAUCAGGAAUCAUUUGCGGCACACCUGCUGAAUAUCAGAACAAGAAAGCUUCUAAGUAUUAUGAUGAGAUGUGUGACACUGCAAACGCGUGUGGAGAUUUACCAGGUAUAACCCUUGGUCCAACGAUAUGUAUGACUAUUAUCGAGAUUGUCAGUUAUUGUAUCCUAGCUGUUACCAUGGUAAUAGCUAUAGUAGCACUUGUUAUCAUAUGUUAUGUCAGAAGGAAACUGGUCAUUGCCAAAGAAAAUCUAGAGAAAAAGAGAAAUAGCUCCUGGGCACGUGUACAAAAUGCACUGAAGAAGGGCGGAGCAUCUGGUCAAAAACCACCAUUGAGAUCGUCACAAGUAGAUGGUUGGGUGUAACAAAUAUUGAUAAACCAAUAGAUGUCUGAGUUUGCCUGUCCUUAAUUGAUGUAUAAACAUAUACACUGUAUACAACUGCUUAACAAAUAGAUGCUUGGAAUCUUCUUUACGUCAUUAAAACACAUUUA